AUGCUUUCAAGGUCUCGGUUUUUCUUUUCUGGGAACCCUGCGGUGCUCCGCACGCUCUCACAGACUAAGGGGUGUCGUCCGUGUCUUGUGGGCCCACCAAAGGCUCUGCUUUUUCCUCGGUCUUCUCAAUGGAUGAUUCGUUUGUGGAACAGUGUGGUUUCUAAAAGAUCAUUGACCACAAAUUUGGGACCUAAAAACGCUGGAAAGGGGUUACUUAAGGGCCGUAGAACCUACACAACGCUUCUGGUGAACUCCAAAGAAAGUGUCACUAAAACUUUUCCAAAAAUUAAACCUUCCAACAUCAUCACCGAUAAAGUCAUCGGGUACUGGCUUGUAGGCACUUCGGGACUUAUCUUUGGAAUUGUGGUUCUCGGGGGCUUGACCAGGCUCACGGAAUCGGGCUUGUCCAUCACGGAAUGGAAACCAGUGACAGGAACACUUCCUCCAAUGAAUGAAGAAGAAUGGAUAGUGGAGUUCACAAAGUACCAAGACCUGCCAGAAUUCAAGUUGUUGAAUUCUCACAUCACUUUGGACGAGUUCAAGUUCAUCUACAGCAUGGAAUGGGGCCAUAGGCUUGUUGGGCGUGCCAUAGGCAUGGCGUUCAUAUUGCCAGGACUCUACUUUUGGGGAACAGGAAGACUCAAUACCAGAACAAAGCGGUUGUGUUUUGGACUCACACUCCUUCUAGGAUUACAAGGAGCAAUUGGCUGGUGGAUGGUUCAGUCUGGUUUGGAUGAGGAACAAUUGACGGAAAGAAGAUCGAAACCUACGGUUUCUCAGUAUAGACUCACCACCCAUUUGGGAGCAGCAUUUCUUCUCUAUUUGGGAGUCUUGUGGCUGGCUUUCGAGAUUAUCAACGAGAACAAAUGGCUCAAGCAAGCCACCAAGGCGCCUGAAAAAGUACAGAAAGUGUUUGCUCAACUUCUGAGUGCUAGAAUCGCACCAGUGAGAACGGUUGGUACUGCUUUGCUUGGAUUGACGUUUAUCACUGCUCUCUCUGGAGGAAUGGUUGCUGGAUUAGAUGCCGGCUUAAUCUACAAUACUUUCCCUCACAUGGGUGAUGAUUAUUUGCCCAGCAGUGGAGAAUUGAUGUCUCCAGUUUAUGCUCGCAAAGAAGAUCUUUCAGAUUUAUGGUGGAGAAAUCUUCUUGAAAAUCCCACUACGGUGCAAUUGGUCCAUCGAAUCUUUGCAACAACUACGUUCUUCUCCAUCUUGGCAGCUCACAUGUUUGUGAUCAAGAGAAAACAGUAUAUUCCCAAGCCGGCUCAGAGGGCUCUCCAUGGAAUGAUGGGGUUGGUUCUUCUUCAAGUAAGUCUUGGUAUCACUACCUUGAUCUACCUUGUUCCUAUUCCAUUGGCUGCCGCUCACCAAGCAGGAGCUUUGGCAUUGCUUACGGGCUGUCUUUUGUUCUCUGCUCGUCUCAAACGUCCACGUCCGCAAGCUGUAGCGUACAUUAACGAAGCCAUGAAGAAAGCACUUUUAAAGUGA